CAAGUGCCUCCCCUGGGGGUGAGUGUGGGGGGGUUUCUAGUCCCAAAUAUACUUCUUGCUUGCUUGCUGGCUUGGCGUGUGUUUGAACCGAAGGGGGGAAAAAGAGAAGAAAAAAAACAAGAAGCCGCGUCUUCGUCUUCUUCUUCUUCUUCCUCGCAUUGCGCGUCAUUCAAACAGGACUCGGUGCUUUUCCCUCUGUUGCAUUAGUAAUAACAGCGGCGUUGACGGGAGACAGCAGCAGGAGAAAGUGUGUGUGUGUGUGUGUCUCCUGAAAAACAGCCCAGCGGAGGAAUAUUCCAGCUUCUUCUUCUUCUUUUUAUUUACUCUGUUGUUCGUUUUUCUACUGCGUUAUGGUGAACUUGGACAGUCACGUGCGAACAUCUCCGCGAGUAUAGAGGACUUCUCACCUGGUGUGUGUGUCCCCUUUGACUUCCUUUUUUUCUUCUCCUUUAACCGUGAGGGAAAUAAUACCUGCCGUGUUUUCUGCUGAGAGCUGACAUCGCCGGACUCCUUCCCCUCUUGUGACGGACAACAACAGCAAGUUCUUCCCCUUAGGGAUGAAAUAUGCACACUCUGCGCCCUUAGAAAAAAGCAGACGACACACACUGUAAAGUGCAAAGUGGUUUUAAAUCAUGAUGAUGCAGGAGUCGGCCACAGAGACAAUAAGCAACAGUUCAAUGAGUCAAAAUGGAAUGAGCACCCUAAGCAGCAGCCAAUUAGAGGCUGGCAGUAGAGAUGGGAGAUCAAGCGCUGGUGACACAAGCAGCGAAGUAAGCACAGUCGAGCUGCUGCAUCUGCAACAACAGCAGGCCCUACAAGCAGCGAGGCAAUUACUCUUGCAGCAGCCAGGCAGUGGCCUGAAAUCUCCAAAGAGUCAGGACAAGCAGCGUCCACUGCAGGUUCCAGUGUCAGUGGCCAUGAUGAGUCCCCAGGUGAUCACGCCGCAACAGAUGCAGCAGAUCCUCCAGCAGCAGGUGCUUUCCCCCCAGCAGCUCCAGGCCUUGCUCCAGCAGCAGCAGGCUGUGAUGCUGCAGCAGCAACACCUGCAGGAAUUUUAUAAGAAACAACAGGAGCAGCUUCAUCUCCAGCUUCUCCAGCAACAACACCCUGGCAAGCAGGUUAAAGAGCAACAGCAGCAGCAGCAGCAGCAGCAGCUGGCCGCCCAGCAGCUCGUCUUCCAGCAGCAGCUCCUGCAGAUGCAGCAGCUCCAGCAGCAGCAGCACCUGCUCAACAUGCAGCGGCAGGGCCUGCUCUCGCUGCCUGGGCCCGCUCCAGGCCAGGCUGCCCUGCCCGGACAGACCCUGCCCCCACCAGCUGGCUUAAGCCCCGCAGAGCUCCAGCAGUUGUGGAAGGACGUGACCGGAGGCGGCGGUCACGCCAUGGAAGACAACGGCAUCAAACACAGCAACAGUGGCACCGGCACCGGCACCGGCGUGAGCGGCGGCGGCGGUUUAGACCUCUCCACCAACAACUCUUCUUCAACUACCUCCUCCAAUCCCGCCAAAGCAUCGCCGCCCAUCUCUCACCAUUCCAUCGCCAACGGACAGUCCCCGGCCCUCAACCACAGACAGAGAGAGAGGGAAAGGGAAAGGGAGCGAGAGAGUACACUACAUGAAGAAAGUGGAGGCACUCACCCCCUGUACGGUCAUGGCGUGUGCAAAUGGCCCGGCUGUGAGAACAUCUGCGAGGACUUUGGACAGUUUUUGAAACACCUAAACAGUGAACAUGCCCUCGAUGACCGGAGCACAGCCCAGUGUAGAGUCCAGAUGCAAGUCGUACAGCAGCUGGAAUUACAGCUUUCUAAAGAACGUGAGCGUCUUCAGGCGAUGAUGACCCACUUGCACAUGCGGCCCUCAGAACCCAAGUCAUCUCCCAAACCACUCAACUUGGUGUCCAGCGUCACCAUGUCCAAGAACUUGCCGUCAGCGUCACCCCCCAACUUACCUCAGACACCCACCACGCCCACAGCGCCCAUCACGCCCAUGGCCGCCAUGCCCCAGGUGCCGUCAGUACUGGGAGGAGCAAACGUCCCCAGCAUGGGAGCCAUGCGCAGACGCCACUCAGACAAAUACUCCAUGCCUUUGUCGUCAGGUGGUGACACAGUAUUUAUUUUUCCAGAGAUUGCCCCAAACUACGAGUUUUAUAAGAACGCAGAUGUCAGACCGCCAUUUACUUAUGCAACCCUCAUAAGACAGGCUAUCAUGGACUCUGCCGACAUGCAGUUAACGCUUAAUGAAAUCUACAGCUGGUUCACGCGCACGUUUGCCUACUUCAGACGCAACGCCGCAACUUGGAAGAACGCCGUUCGCCACAACCUCAGUCUGCACAAGUGCUUUGUGCGUGUGGAGAACGUGAAGGGGGCGGUGUGGACGGUGGAUGAGGUGGAGUACCAGAAACGCAGGUCGCAGAAGAUCACAGGAAGCCCAUCACUUGUCAAGAACCUGCCCUCCAGUCUUGGCUAUGGAACUGCACUAAACGCCAGCUUACAGGCUGCCCUGGCGGAGACCUCCCUGCCUCUGCUGGGGACCCCUGGACUCAUGAACAGCGGUUCCACAGGCCCGAUGGGCGGCAGCUGCCACGGCCUCCUCGGUGGCGACCCGUCCGUACUGACUGGCGGAAGUCCGCACGGGCUGUUAGGCGGGAGUCCGCCCGGCUUACUGGGUGGCAGCCCUCCAGUCACGCUGAGCGGUAGCCCCCCCAUCCUGUUGCAGUCCGCCCACGAGGAGCUCAACGGCUCGCUUGACCACCUGGACACCAACGGACACAGCAGCCCCGGAUACUCCCCUCCAGUACACAUGCCGCCCAUUCACGUCAAGGAGGAGCCGCUUAAUAUGGACGACGACGACUGUCCGAUGUCACUCGUGACGACGGCCAAUCACAGUCCGGAGCUGGAUGACGACCGGGAGCUGGAGGAAGGGAACUUAUCAGAAGACCUGGAGUGACGAGGAUACAGUUUUUGGUGAACGUAUCCCUUCACCCCAACCGCACUGUUUCUCUCACACAGACCUCCUGCAAGACUAGAAACCACUCCACAGUCCAAGCAACCACAGCUGACUCUCUCUUUGUCUCUCUCACCACUGGGACUAUUUAUUGAGCAUGUAUCCGGAUAGAGACCGGUCCAAAGGAACUCUUUGUUGCAGCCCUUUGGGAUCCCCCAAACAUGACAGGCAUGAGAUGUCUGAUUUAAAAAGGAAAAAAAAAAUUAACUCUUUGAGACCUGUUUCAUUAGGGAUGGCGUGGCCACGUACAGUACAAGGAUGACGGACUCAUGGAUGGGGAAAAAACAUGACAACAAAUGAGCAAAUCAUUUUUCCGUUGAAAGCUAGCGGCCUCAUAUACUGCCAAAAAGGAAGACAUUUUAUGUUUGUGAAUAAUCCAACCCACAGUAGUUGUUAAUGUCUAGAGACAAUUGCUGGUUCAAUUCAAGUUGUUGCUCUGUUAUCAUUUGCACAGGAGUAGUCUCAGACAUUUGUGUCACUGCCUGUAUGUUGCUACUAUUAUAAAAACCAGUAUAUUAUUUUCAGCUCUUUUUUUUGUUUUUUGCCAUUGUUAAUUUCCAAAAUAUGAUUUCAGACACCACCAACUGUAAAUGCCAUUUCCCUCAAUCACACCAGUAAUGGAACUGCGGUACCAAGACUGUUGUUGCAGCUGUCCAGGAAAAAAAAGGAGAAAAAAAGAGAAAAAGUUGGCUUCCAGUCUAUCUGUUUGUGAUUAAAAGUAAAAAAAAAAAAAGGAAAUUAAGUCGGGGGGGGGGGGGAACAUUUGUUUCAAGCACCAUUUACAAAACAAAUGCAUUUCUGCAUAAUUUUCUUCUCGCUGUUCUCCUUACCUCCUCGUUCUAAAGCUUUGUCUACCUGCAAACAGUCACAGGCAACAGCUAGAAACCAAAGCCAACACUAGCAAUGGCCAAUAGCUUAUAGACAGAAGCCACCAAACUCCUCUUGGUCCGCUUUCUGUGACUUUAAACUAGUACAAAGAGAAGCUUUUGUUCCGCAAACUACCUUGGAAUAACCUCUGGGAUUGUUUCAUUUAGCCCUAUACAAAGAUGAUCAUGAGAAGAAAGAGAGAGGGGAAAUAAAUGCUGAUUUUGAUGUGUAAUUUGAUAACUCACAAAACGUCCACUUUGGAGAUUUUCUGCCAGAUGUACUGUAGGUUAAAAAGGUGAUGUGACAUUUGAACUGCAGGCAUUUUUUUUUAUUUUGUGCUGGUGAUUUAACUGGUAGAGAGCAGCUAACUGUAAAAGUGGAUCAUGACCAAAACGAAACAUUUGUGUAUUCAAUGGAAGUGCAGAAACAUUGUGUUGUUGUGAAGUUUAUUUUCAUUUUAUUUGAUUUUUUAAGACUUUUUUUUUGUUACGCAUUACACAUCAGAAGUCAUAAUUUUUGUUUCAUUUUGAGUUAUUUUUUUUCUAACCUGGUGAAUAUGUAUUGUUCUAAGUGGGACUGUCAAAAUAAUGUCACGUCUUAUUUCCGUGGCGGUUUUUGUUCUGAGCCGCGUCGAAACCGAAACUGAAAACAUCGCUAACCAAACAUGAAAAAUAUCUAGUGAAGCCAAAUAAGUCAUGAUUUCAAGUUAAUAUGAAAUGAUGUGGCUUGGUUAACCGUGUAAAAGCAAAUAGUGAUAGCCAUUGCAGAAGAGGAUAUCUAAGGUGAAAGGUAACCUUUUCUAGGUGAUAUUUGCUUUAAACUUCAUUGAAUACUCAUUGUGUGGGUCACAGCUUCGAAGCUAUAUGGAUACAGCUGGUGUUCGCACUGAUGUACUCUGUAUAGGUAGCCAGCUUUUUGUAAAACACACUCGGUAUUUCUAGCGACUAAAGAGAAGUAGUUAUUGUGGAAACUGCGUCCCGUCAUUUUCCUCACAGCCAAUGUCAUCUAGAAAAGUGUUGUUGCUUUAAUGGUCAUUUCUGUUUUCAGUAAACCAAAGUUACACAAAAUUCUGCCUCCUCUUGUAUGGGAUAAAGGAAUCCUAAAAAAAAAAGCUGAACCACACACACACACAGCAUACAUGAACACACACACACACAUAAACACAGACCCCCGAUGCAGUUUGGUCUGCCAACUUUCUUGUUUUUUUUUUGUUCGAAUCUCCAGCUGCAGAAAAAAGCUGUCAAAGAAACCGACGUGGCUUUGUGUCGUGCUGCGGCGGCGAGCAACCUGUUUUUUGACCAAAAUGGGAACACCACUGUGCAUAUGUUGUUUUCAAGCGUCGCGCCAAGCCAAGGAAGCGGCUGCAGGAGCUUAACACACUGACACGUGCAGUACUGUACAAAACACACACAGCAUGUAAAGCACACACACAUCUGCACACACACACACACGCUACACACAUGUGCCAGUUCCACGUCAAGAGGGGACUGGGGCCCAGGAACAAAGCUUAUCCCUUCAAUACUUAGCUGGAGUCAGCAAAACGACUUGAAGACGACGUCCUUAAUAAUCUUAUCACACCAAAUAAAAAGGACGCCGCGUCUUUCAAAAAGGAAAAAAAAAAAAAGGAAAAAAAAGGGUUCUCCCACUUACCCAAAAAGGCUUUCUAAAAGCUUCUACCUCUGCACAACAAAUUCAGAACAAUUAUGACAGAUUGCACGAAGUUACGAGAAUGCCACAAGAAGAGCUGUUACACUUUACUGCGCUUGUCUCAUAGGACGUGGCUCAAACCAACGUUUACAUUCCCUGCGUCAAGAUAUGGAAGAUUUGCAUUGUAAUAGGUUGUCCUCAAACAUUUGUAGAAUGAUAAUGUAUAGAUUACCUGUAAGGGAAUAUUGUGUUUUAAAAAUGCAUGUCUAAAAAUCAUUUGGUGGACUGGAAACAAGAACUAAUAAAAAGAAUAUAAUAAAAAUCAACGGGAUGAUGGCCUAAAUGUACGUACAAUGCAUAGGAGUGCAUUACCUCAGAUAUACUGUUUUGGGAGGGAUAAAACCUGUCAGCCACAGAAUGCAUAUUACCUGUAGAUUUGCAUGGGUUUUGUAUAAAUUAAGUAAAAAAAAAUGUCUAAAAUAGUUGCUUGCACAUAAUACCAGAAAGACCUCCAGAACUGCGAUCUGCUCCUCCACUAGAUUUUAGGAUUGUCUGGAUUUUCUGGGUUGAUUUUGUCUGUAUUUUGAUAACUGUGCAUACUUAUGUAAAAAAAAAUGUUGGUGGACCCAUAAAUUUACCAGACUUUUUUCUAAGAGGAAAAAAAAAUCUCAGUGUUUCUUUUCUGACUUACCUGAAUUUUUACUGUUUCUCUCUCAUUGCUCGCUAAGAAUAGCAAACCUGCUUUUUCUGCAUCUGCUUUGCGUAGCUGUAAGGCUUAACCUAAUGUGUGUAUUUAUUGCUUGUACCUCUGUGCAUACUUUAUGAAGCAUUAUGUCUGGCAGUUGAGUCAUGUAUCCUUUCUACUGCUAUCCUUCUCUAAUAAUUGAGAAUAUGAUCCCCCUAUGUAUACAGUAAAUUGGGACUGUAGCAAACAUAUGUUUAUGUAAUUGGUGAAAACUUUUUUUUUUUCCGUUUGUUUUUUAUUUUCGAUCGAGAUUCAACGACUUUUUUUGAUACUUUUCAUUACUGUGUACUGUGUCCAUACGUUAAAGGUUCUCUGACAUUAGAAGGUCAUGGUUGAGAAUUGUAACAGACAUUAUUUUCUGUAUUCAUGGCAUUUCACUGCUGAAUAAAAUAAAGGACCAAAACUUGGAAUUUGAAAAAGCAA